AUGGUAGAUUCAUCUUUAAUUUUUGCAGUAAUUAUGUCCUGGAUAGUUGAACAGGAAAAUGUUUAUGCUAAAUUAUUAGGUGAAUUGUUUACAAAUAACCAAAUACAAAGACCAAAAUUGUUUAACAAAUAAUAUUUCCUCAUUAAUUUUGGCAGGUGAUGAUGCUGAAAUUUGCGAGAUUGCGGCAGCAGAAGGAAAGAAUACCUUCCAAGUUUACAUCCUUCCUAGCAACAGCAUAACACCAGCUGCAUCAGCAGUCAACAAGUUGACUGUGAGGAGUGGGGUUCUCCACUAUGAUGGAAAACCAGUUUCCUCAACAUCUUAGCAGCAGGCCUAUCAGAUCUUCUUCAAUGGCUUGAAGCAAGACAACCGUGUUUGCUCAUGGCACACAAUGCGAAAGCUUUUGAUGCAAAACAUCUGGUGAAGGCAGUGACUUCAAGUGACCUGCUUCCCAAGUUCUCUCAGGUGGUACUUGGUUUUUCAGAUACCCUGCCAGCCUUCAGACAGCUGUUUCCUGAUAGAGCAUCCUGCAGCCAAGAACACCUAGCACAAGACCUCCUUGAGAAAACCUACAAUGCCCAUAGUGCAUUAGAUGACGUCCUCAUCCUACAAGAGCUGGCAUCCAAGUAUAUGACUGACAGCACACUGUUACAGCACAGCUUUACAACAUCAUGGGUGGAGACAUACACAGUGUUCCUUGGCCAGAAGAAACAAAAUCUCAAAACCCUACAGCCACUCAUCAGCUCAAAAGCAGUGUCGAAAGGAAUGGCGGAGAAAAUAGCAGCUUCUGGCUUGAGACUAAGCCACAUACAGCUAGCAUUUACAAGAGGU